AUGGGGCUGUCGGGGAGUGACGAUUUCCACACCGCAGGGGGCGAGGAGGAAGUGGUCAAAUACAAGGAUAUAGUGAUCCCUCCCGGUGAGCACCCUCUUCAGUACCGCUAUACCUUCUGGUAUUCUCGCAGGACUCCCUCCCGGCCGGCAAGCACACUGAACUAUGAGCAGAACAUCCGUCAGUUUGCCACAGUGGCCACAGUGGAGCAGUUCUGGAGGGUGUACAGCCAUCUGGUGCGUCCCGGAGACCUGAGUGGGUACAGCGACUUUCAUCUCUUUAAAGAGGGCAUCAAGCCCAUGUGGGAGGAGGACAUCCUGUCCAUCUGGAACAAGACAGCCAAUGAUCAGCUGAGUACAGUCCGCAUCCGAGACACCCUACGGAGAGUCCUCAACCUCCCGCCAAACACCAUCAUGGAGUACAAAACUCACAACGACAGUCUGAAAGACAACUCAAGUUUUAGAAAUACAAAACUGACUCUAUAG